AUGGGGGAAAAUGGGGUUAUCUGCAAGUUAGAUAUAGAGAAGGCCUAUGAUAGUAUAAAUUGGCAGUUCCUUUUGAAGGUUAUGGAAAAAAUGGGGUUUGGCUCUAAGUGGCUGAGGUGGAUGUGGUGGUGUAUUUCCAUAGCUAAAUUCUCAGUUAUGGUGAAUGGAACACCAGCUGGUUUCUUUUCAAGCUCAAAGGGGUUGUGGCAAGGGGACCCCCUAUCCCCUUACCUUUUUGUCAUGGGGAUGGAAGUGUUGAGCAUUCUUAUCAGAAGGGCUAUGGAGGGGGGCUUUAUCUCAGGGUGUAAAAUUCAGCGGGAUAGAGGGCGGGCUGUCCAUGUUGCCCAUCUGCUCUUUGCUGAUGAUACUAUUGUUUUUUGUGAGGCUAAGAAGGAGUACUUAACGAAUUUGAGUUGGAUUUUGUACUGGUUUGAAGCCGCUUCAGGGCUAAGAAUUCAUUUGGCUAAAAGUGAGAUCAUUCCAGUAAGGGAGGUGGAAGAGGUAGAGGAGCUGGCUGUGGAGUUAGGGUGUAGGGUGGGGCAUCUGCCGACAGUGUAUUUGGGGCUGCCUCUGGGGGUGCCUAAUAAGGCUGUCUAUGGGUGGGAUGGGGUAGAAGAGAAACAAGUGCUGGUGGCAAAGUAUGGUCAAGAGGAUUACGGCUGGAGGACCAAAAAGGUUGUGGGUGCGUGUGGGGUGGGGGUGUGGAAGGAGAUUUUAAAGGAAGCUGGUUGGUGCUGGGAUAAUUUGGUGUUCAAAGUGGGAAAAGGCAAUAAAAUCAGGUUUUGGAAUGACAUGUGGUGUGGGGAUUCAGCGCUGUCCCAAAGGUUCCCGCAUCUCUACAUCUUGGCAGCCCAUAGAAACGCGUUAGUUGAAGACAUGCGGGACCAGAAUGCUGGAGAAGGAAGCUGGAACUUGAGAUUUAUUAGGGACUUUAAUGACUGGGAGGUGGAGAUGGUAGGUGAGCUGCUCCAAGUGUUGAGGGGAUUCAGGAUAACUCGGGAGGAAGAUUCGGUUUGUUGGAAGGGAGGGGGAAGUGGGCAGUUUAAAGUGAAGGAUGCGUACAACUGGUUGGAUAGGCCUAUGGAUGUUGUCUUCCCAAAAAACAAAAUUUGGAUGGAGAGAGUCCCAACUAAAAUCAUGUUUUUUGCGUGGAAAGCGACUUGGGGAAAGAUUUUGACUCUUGAUAGGCUCCAAAAGAGAGGAUGA